AUGCAGCAGAACGACGCCGUCUCUACCAGUGUUAGAUGUACAUCGUCCUCAACGGCGACCCCCGAAGCCAACCACUACUCCCUCCCCGCCCCGUUUGCGCCCAUCUUCGACGCCAACACCCUCGAGUUGAUCCAGAUCGACCGGCUCCCCCUGGGCACCGGGCCAGACGUGGAGUCAGACACGCAGCCGUGGGAACCAGCUAAACCCGUUGAAUACAGCGAAAGCCUUCUUGGAACGGGAUACUUUCGAAAGGACCUCAAGCCUCUCCAGGUCGUACAGCCCGAGGGCCCUUCGUUCCGGAUUGAUGGCCACCAGAUCACCUGGCAGGAGUGGUUAUUCCACCUGGGUUGGACGGUUCGUGAAGGGCCGGUGCUGAAUAACAUCUUCUACGAUGGCCGAUCUCUCUUCUACCGGGUCUCGAUGAGUGAGAUGACGGUUUCCUACGGGGAUCCUCGCUCUCCCUACCACCGCAAGCAGACAUUCGAACUGGGCGACUCAUGCUUUGGCAUCGGCGUGCGAAACUCGGUAGUCUACGAUGAUCUCGUCUCUGUACGAGAUGAGCCCGAUCUGGAUCCCUUUGGAUGCGCAUUCCGGGUCAAGACGACCCCAAUAACUCGACCGGGAGGAUAUGACCUUGACACGGCCAAAUCACGGACAUAUCGCAUCAUCAAGUCUGCCCAUGUCAAUGCCGUGUCAGGCAAACCGGUCGGAUACAAACUCCACGCCUUGCCGAGCCAGAUGCUCAUGAUGGGACCCGAGACGUUCAACUCCCGGCGAGGACUAUUCUCGACGAAGCCUAGUCGAGAAGACACGGGAUUGGGGGUUUGGGUGCAGCGACAGGAGCAGAUCGCGAAUGAAGAUGUGGUGUUGUGGCAUACAUUUGGCGUGACGCAUGUUACACUACCAGAGGAUUUCCCGGUGACGCCCGUCGAGACAAUGAGCGUUGAAGCCGACGAGCUUCUUCGAGUUGAAUCCAUCCAACGACGUGCCACGGUCGAGGCAGAGCCAGAACCAGUCGACGUUGGUGGAGCACGGGAAUGUUUCUGA